GCACUUUUCAUCAAUUGAAAAAUCAGAGGACAACACUAGUUGUUAAGCAAAUUGACACCAUGGCUAAAGAUCCAGUAGCAAAUCAAGCUAUUCGAACAUUGAAGGAAUAUGCUCCACCUUCAAUUGAAGGGACUGUUUCAAGCAUAAGGAGACUAGCUAUCCAAGCAAAUAACUUUGAAAUUAAGCUAGCAACAAUUCAGAUGAUUCAACAAUAUGUGCAAUUUUGUGGGUUGCCAAGUGAUGAUCUUAAUGCUCAUAUCACUCACUUUUUAGAAAUUUGUGACACUUUUCAGUAUAAUGGAGUUUUUGAUGAUGUUGUUAGACUUAGGCUUUUUCCAUUCUCUCUACGAGAUAAGGCAAAGAGUUGGUUAAGUUCUUUACCUGUUGGGUCGAUCACCACAUGGAAUAUGAUGGCUCAAAAAUUUUUAAAUUUGGAUGAUUUGUUGAAAAAGUUCAUUGCUUCUAAAGAAUCAAGGUUUCAAAGUCAAGAAGUAGCAACCAAGUGCUUGGAAGCUACAGUCCAGAACCAAGGUUCAUCGAUUUGGAAUUUAGAGGUUCAGGUAGGUCAAUUAGCUAAUGUAGUUUUUGGAAGAGCACAAGGAGCUUUACCAAGUAAUACUGAGAAAAAUCCAAAGGAACAAGUAGAAGCCAUAACAUUGAGAAGUGGGAGGCAAAUUGGAGAAGAAGAAAGCUCAGACAAUGAGGGUGAAAAAGAGAAGGUUCCAAAGGAAGCGAAAAAAUUUCAAGUGUCAUCUAAGGAAUCUGAAGAAGUCAAGUCUUAUGUGCCUCCAAUUCCUUUUCCACAUGGAUUGAAGCAACAUAAGCUAGAUAAACAAUUUGUUAAGUUUCUUCAUAUUUUUAAGAAAUUGCACAUUAACAUUCCUUUUGCAGAUGCUUUAGCUCAAAUGCCUAGCUAUGCUAAAUUCUUAAAGGAGAUCUUAUCUAACAAGAGGAAAUUGGAAGAGUAUGAGACUGUGAAGCUCACUGAAGAAUUUUUGGAUAUGGAAGAAGACCAUGAGGUACCUCUUAUCUUAGGUCGACCUUUUCUAGCCACUGGUAGAACUUUAAUUGAUGUGCAGCAAGGAAAAUUGAUGCUUAUGGUGGAAAAUGAACAAGAAGAUUGUCCAGACCUGCUAGAGGCAUGUGUUGUUCAUUCCAAAGGCAUUACUACUGAAAAUGAGGACGUUAAGGAGUAUGCAUUUCAUUUGGAAGCUUGCCCACCAUUCUUGAACUCAAAGGAGUCAAGUAUUCAAGAUUUUAGAGCUAAUAUGCCUUGGCUUAAACCAUUUGAAGAACCUCCAAAACUUGAACUCAAGCCCUUACCUGAGGGUAUAGUCCUUGGACAUAAAGUUUCUCAAAAAGGUAUUGAAGUUGAUAGAGCAAAGGUAGAAGUGAUUGAGAAAUUUCCCCCACCAUCUUCCGUGAAGGCUGUGAGGAGUUUCCUUGGACAUGAAAAGCUUAUAAAUGCACCCGUCAUGGUGGCACCAGAUUGGGAUCUACCUUUUGAGCUUAUGUGUGAUGCAAGUCAUAGUGUUGUAGGAGCUGUCUUGGGAUAAAGAAAGAACAAAGUUUUUCAAACCAUAUAUUAUGCCAGCCACACCCUUUUAGAAGCUCAAUUGAAUUAUACAAACACAAAAAAGGAACUUUUGGUGAUAGUAUUUGCUUUUGAUAAAUUUCGUUCUCAUUU